CCAUCCAAGACGCUAAAUUGCAGUCUAUCGCGAGAAAGUCUCAGCUAAAGUCAAAUAUUAAUCGAUAUGACAUCCUAUUGCAUAUUGACCCAGAAAUUCUAUUGGAAUUUGAUUAUGAUAUUACUACAGGUUGUAUGGCAAUCCUUCAAUCUAUAUUAAGUUCUGAUGACAUUUUAAUGCCCGAGCAAGUUCGAUGUAAAAUUCGACUGGAAUAUUUACCUGAAUUGCCAGAGUAUCGAAUGGAAUCAAUUUCCGAGGUGUUUGAUAAAACACGGCAUCGCAAAGACCCUUUUUUUGCCGUUUUUCGUGGAAUCGUUGAGUGCUUAUGGAUGCCCACCUUUAUUAU